AUGACGAUCAUCAAUAGAGGAACCAUUCUUAUAGUAAUCUUAGAGGCAAAAGCACGAAGAAGAGGUUCCACUGAGGAACACAAGAGUAGCUACCAGACCACAUAUGGCUGGGAUCCCAAACCGAAUCGACCAUUGUUUAAUAUAAGGCAGAGCGCAAAAUCCAAAACCACGGAACAAAUAACAUUGCAAAGACGGAAUGGUGCUUCGUGUGCCUCUACGUUUCCUUCUGCUUCGGGUGGUUUCUGUUGUAGCAGGAAUGGUGCAAAUGAAACAUUGGCAGACAUGCCAAAGACUAUGAGAAGAUCGGUGAUAUCAACUGCAAAACCUAUCCUAGAGAAGGCCAUUGAAGAUCUCGUCAAUGAGGACCUUCCCUCAAAUGUCUUAACCAUUGCGGACUUGGGUUGCGCCUUCGGUCCUAAUACGUUCACAGUGAUCACUACGAUCAAACGAAAAGUAGAGAAAAGGUGCAACGAAUUAGGUGUAAACCAGCCAGAGCUUCAAGUUUUCUUAAAUGAUCUUCCUGGAAAUGAUUUCAACUUAACGUUCAAAUUCUUUUUUGAAAAUUAUCAACAACUUGAAGCAGAAAGGAUCGGCGAGGAUGGUAAGAAGUGUUUCAUUGCAGGUGCUCCUGGCUCCUUCUACGAGAGAUUGUUCCCCUUAAAUAGUUUACACCUUGUCCAUUCUUGCUACAGUGCGCACUGGCUCUCUCGGGUUCCACCAGGUCUCACAAGUGAAGUAGGUAUUCCAAUAAACAAGGGGACAAUCUACAUCUCCAAUACUAGCCCCCCUACCGUUAGCAAAGUUUACCUUGAACAAUUUCAAGAGGGUUUUACUUCGUUCAUCAAGUUGAGAUCAAAAGAGUUGAUCCCUAACGCUCGUAUGGUCUUGAUACUUCAUGGUAGACAAGGAGUCGACCCCUCCUCAACUACCUGCGAUUUUUGGGAACUAUUAUCAGAGGCCCUCAUUGCUAUGGUUUCAGAGAUAGUACUACUACUUACCAUAUCUUUGGGCUUUAAGAAACUCCAUUAG